CGUGACGUCACUCGACUGGUUCAGAACUUUUUGUAAAUCAAAGUUUUUACAUUCUUAGUUCUUUUUAGCUGUAAAUAAUACAUUUCGGAACUUAAAUGUGCUCCUCGUGGUAAGUGCAGAUAUCAAGGAGUCGUUACAUAUCAAAUCUAGGAAUUAUAAUACUUGAUUGACGGAGAUAUCGAUACAUCAAAUGUACUUCCGCCAUAUUGAACUUUGAAAUAAUUUCUUCCCUACUGCUGUGUCCCUAAUCAUCAUUUAUGAUGGGUCAGAAGUCAAGAAUGGACAACACGCGUGAAAUCAACAAUUGUCUUUGAAGUCAGAUAAUUGGAUUGCUUUCAAGGAUUCGUCAAAUCAUAUUUGAUGGUAACACGAAGCAGUGGAGAUUAUUCUAGAGGGAGGGGGCCACGACGGCUAGGAUAUGCCAUCCAUCCCAAAAGCAGGGAGUCUACGAGAUCCAGAGAUACAAGCCUUGUUCUCAACAGAGGACCCUGAAAAAUUAUUCACAGACUUACGAGAAAUAGGUCAUGGAAGUUUUGGUGCUGUAUAUUAUGCCAAGAACACGGCCACAAAGGAAGUGGUGGCGAUUAAGAAAAUGUCUUACAGUGGAAAACAAUCGCAAGAAAAAUGGCAGGACAUUAUUAAAGAAGUAAAAUUUUUACGCCAGCUAAAACACAAGCAUACAAUUGACUACAAGAAUUGCUACCUCCGAGAAAGUACAGCAUGGCUGGUAAUGGAGUACUGUUUAGGCUCAGCGUCAGACAUUAUAGAGGUGCAUAAAAAGCCAUUACAGGAAGCUGAAAUCUCCGCUAUUUGUAAAGAUGCCUUAGAAGGACUGACAUAUCUCCAUUCUCUUAAUAAAAUACAUAGGGAUGUCAAGGCUGGCAAUAUUUUAUUGACUGAAGAUGGAACAGUGAAACUAGCUGAUUUUGGAUCAGCCUCAAUAAUGAAUCCCGCCAACUCGUUUGUGGGUACUCCAUAUUGGAUGGCCCCAGAGGUGAUUCUCGCUAUGGACGAGGGACAAUAUGAUGGGAAAGUAGAUGUCUGGUCGCUAGGUAUAACUUGUAUAGAAUUAGCUGAACGAAAGCCGCCAUUGUUCAAUAUGAAUGCAAUGAGUGCAUUGUACCAUAUAGCACAGAAUGAUUCUCCUUCUUUAUCGGGCGGUGAAUGGACCAAUGACUUUAGACAGUUCAUAGACACCUGCCUUGCUAAGAAUCCCAGUGAACGACCAUACGCUUCUGAAUUGUUAAAUCAUGAAUUUAUCAGAAAGUAUGCCAGCAAUCAACCCACUGUCAUCUUAGAACUUAUCACACGAACCAAAAAUGCAGUUCGUGAAUUAGACAACCUCCAAUAUAGGCGAAUGAAGAAAAUAUUAAUGGUCGAUGACAAUAGGGAAAUGACCGCAACGGGUAACGGACCGAGUCCUGAUAAUGAUGAUAUCAUUAAGGUGAGACUACCCAAUCAACCAGUAGAGGUGGAGGUCGAACCAGAGGGGUCAUCGAGUGCAUCGCAAGAAGAAGAUACGACAAGUACCGCAAGCCAAGACAGCACGAUGCUCGGCAGCCAAUCAGAAAGCAGUAGCAUGAAUAGUCUUCCAGGCGUUUCAACCGAGGUUGAAGAUGAAUAUAUGGGUAGCUUCCAUUCGAGAAGACGGCUCUCCAAUGACAGUCAGUCAAGUGAGGUUGGUAACGGAGCCAACAAUUUUGCUACGAUACGCACAACACACAUCGUCAGUCGGCAACAGAAAGAGCACGAACAUGAGAAUGAAAUGAGAGAGCAGAUGACUGGCUAUAAACGCAUGCGACGACAGCAUCAGAAGCAAUUACAAACGGUUGAGUCGAGGUUCAAGCUAGAAAUGGAUGAGCACAAAUUGAAGUUAGAUCGAGAGUAUGAGACACUCAUGCAGAACUUCAACCGAGACUUGGAGAAGUUACGUCUUAAGCAUCAACAAGAGCAGGACCGCAAAAAGCGCCACACUGAUGCAGAAGAGCGUAAGCUGCAGAAACAGUUUCAAGAGCGUCAGUCAAAAGAACUUAAAGAGUUUCAGGAAAAACAAGCCAAACAGUAUAAGCUUUCUAAGAAACAGAAGAGAGAGGAGCUAGAAAAGGCUGGGGACACUCCGCGUAAAGACAAAGACAGAUUUAUGCAGACUCACAAAAUGUCUGUGCGGGAAGGACAACAGAAAGCCGAGGAAGAACUACAAGAUUCUCAUAAAGACUUUAUAGCUAGAGAAAUGUGCAAAUAUAGACGAAGGAAGCUAAUACAAUAUCAGGAGUUGCAACAAGGCUUGUUAAAAGAUGAACUAAACAAGAAACAAAUCCAAAUAGAAGAGGCCAACUCCAUGUUAUUACGACACCACGAGUCCACACAAGAGCUUGAAUACAAACACCUGAUCUACAUGUUAAAACUGCGGGAUGACCAAAUGAGGAAACAGCACCAGACGGAGCUGCAAAAUCAGAAAAACUACAACCAAACGGCUGAACGGGAAUUGAAGAAGAAGCAUGCGCUUGAAACUAAACAGCACCCUAGAAGUUUAAAGCAAAAAGAAUACCAGAUCCGUAAACAGUUCCAAGAAGCUGUUAAGACCCAGCAAAAGCAGUAUAAGGCAUGGAAAGAGCACCUAUUGGCCAAUACAGCUAAACCAGAGCAGAAAGCCGUCAUAAAGAAACUAAAAGAAGAACAAAUGAGAAAGAUUGCGACAUUAGGGGAACAGUAUGAGAGCAGCAUAUCAGAGAUGUUACAGCAACAGACAGUGCGGCUGGAUGAGAGUCAAGAAGUGGAGCUGCGAUCACUGAAGGAACGAUUAUCACAGGAAUUAGAGCUGUUGAUUGCUUACCAAAGCAAGAUUAAGAUGCAGACAGAGUCGCAGCACAACAAGGAGAAGAAAGAGCUAGAAGAGAGAGUAUCCCUUAGGAGAGCCAUGCUAGAACAAAGGAUGGAAGAAGAGAAGGUCAAAUUUCAAAGUGAACGGUCGGAAAAAAUUCGGGAACUUCAUGCACGCCAUGAGCAGGAAUUGAAUGACUUUGACACAGAGACUACACGUCUUGGACUAGAUGCAAUUCAAAUAGCCGAGAGUGCUUUUAAGGACAUGCCGGAGGAUUUAAUUAGUGUUCGUGGGAGCAUGAUUAGUCUUAGCGCAAGCUCUAGUUCAAGUUCCUUUUCACAAACUCAAUUAUAGUUUCUCACAAAUGCAGGUUCGUCACUCCAUAUAAGGGAGUAAGGUAGUCACCAAUGCAAAUAUUUCAUGUUUUUACGCUUGUCUAAUCUCACAUGGGUUCUUCGUAUCAAAAUGUUCAUUAUGUACAGAGUUCAGAAUGACACAUAUUAUGGGAAGUUAUGAUAUUGUUUUCUGUAGCAUAUACACUAUAUACUGUUAUAGGGAAAAACAUUGAAAUUCCAAAAGAUUUGCAUUGGGUGCUUCAUAAGCCAUAUUAGGUGUCAUGAAUCCAGCAUAUUGCAUUUGUGGUGUGUCAUGUAUCCUGAACAUCAUAUCUGUGGUGUGUCAUGAAUUUUGAACACCAUAUUUGUGGUUUGUCACAAAUCCUAAAAACCAUAUAUUGUCCAAGUAAAAUAUAUUCAUCAAAGUCCAGGCAAGUUAAACAGUGAUAUAAUCCCCUUUCUCAACAUGCUUACCUGUGAAUAAGAUGGUGCGAAUGUCAGCAAAAUGGUGGAGUACAGAAAAUUAAAAAUGGCUCAUGAUACAGAACCAGUGAAAAUACACUUAAUGAAUUCAUGUAUAUUGGGUAAUAUUCAGUAUAUCUGUAUUUAUACGGUACAUGACAUUAAAUUACAACUGUUUAAGAUUCGUUGAAGUUAAAAAGGUCAAAUAAGGGUCUACUAUGGGUCCCUGAAUUUCUUUAUACCUUUUCUCAGUAGACCCCUUCAAUUAGCCCCUUAAAAUCUCUGGAGGGGGCCUCUAAAUUAUUUCAAUUAAUCCAGAAUUGAAUCAAGAAGCAACAAAUUCAAAUAAAAAAAAACUAUUAACACAAUUUCUUUUUUAUCAGGCAUCAUCUACACAUAUAUGAAUGGAAUCUAAUUAAAUACCCAACAUGGCUUCAUUUAUGAAACAUCACAAAAUUAAAUUAUAAAGUGACCGUUAUCUACAUCCACACCAAGUGUAUAGGGUGAAGUGAACCAGAGACCUAAUAUUUUGGGGCCCAAUCUCUCGAUAGUCCUCUUAAAACAUUAUAUCAUCGUUGUAAAAAAGUAUUUGAUAUACCUCGACCUAUAAGUAUAACCUGUGAAUACUGAUGCCUCGCAGCUUGUGUAAAAGAGAGAAAUUAGAGAGAAAUAGGGGGAAAUCAUCUGGGAAUGAUGCAGUACUAGUACUUACAAUAGUAAACUGUCCAGGACCAUAGCCAUCUUUUGCCAUUGGGGUUCACUUUUGAAAAAAUUAAAGGAGGGUUCACAUUUGACAACUUCGGCCUAAAACCACUU